UGAUGAAUGAGUGGUCGUGAGUCACGAUGUUUCUGGCUUUUUGUUAUGACACGGAUGGAUGGGAUGUGACUUAUUUUAUUCAGUGUUAUGGUUAGCAUCUGGGCGGACUGGUCAUCACCGCUUCUGCACGAAAGUGUGCAAUGCCUUGUUUUAAUUCUGAAGCAAUGCCGCGGCAAUCAAAGUGUGAUGGGCUUGGUUUGUGUCAUGCACAGAAUGAUGUCGAUCUCAUCUCGUCCGGAAUUGAACGUUGACGUUGAACUUGCAUUGUUGUUAGAAUUGUGACGAGAAAACACCCAGUUGGCAGUUGUACCACGUGAUUCCUCCUCACAAAAUUCAUUGAUACGUCGUCAUGGCAACUAGCAUCAGCAACGGGGGAACAACCCACGACAUCCUCAGCCACCUAACAGACAUCGACGUGACGAAGAACACAAAGGGCGCAAAGGAUGAAGCCAAGGAGGAGGGGGCGGAGGAAGAGGAGGCCGAGGGGGUGGACUGGAAGGAACGAUACAUACUGCUAGAGGAACAGUUGGAUAAAUUCCGCCUGCAGGCCACCAAGAUCCGCGCUGUGCUGGGUGAAAGGAUGGAGGAUUUGGAAGAGAAGGUCAAGGAAUCCAACACAAGAGCAGAGAUGGCCGAAAAGGAGGUCAAGGAAGUGACGGAGAAGCUGGCUUCCAUGAGACGGGGCUCGGGAGAGAGCGAGCGGAGCCAGGCCCUCAACAAGAGGAUUCAAGCCUUGGAGGCGGCCUGCCAGGAGAAGGAGGACGUGAUACGACACCUGGAGAAGCAACUCACGGAGCAGCGAGAACUCCGACUGGAGGACAGCCGAUUGGUGGAUACCAAGAUAACUCAAAUCAAGGAGUGGGUAGCAACUACUGUUACUCAGUUGGAGGAAGAGAACAGAUGUUUGCGAGCUGAAAAUGUGCUGCUAAGCACUGGACGGGAAAGCUUAGAAGAGGGCACAGACCAAGAACCAAGUCAAAAACCAUCACCACCUCGGCCUACAUCAGUCCUGUCCGAACCGCCUGAGAUUCCAGCUCGCCCCACCUCGUCUAGCAUCAGGGAACACCUCCAGAGCAUCUUGGAUGAGAGCAGAUCGGCCGGAGAUGCCCCCAGGAGGCCCAAACCCCCGGCGCGAAACAGGAAGAGCCCCGACGAAUCCCACGUCUCAGCCCUGAUCCAGGUUCAUGAGGAGUUCAUCAAGCAAGGGGAGGAGAGGCCCCUGAGGGAUGAGACCUUCAAGUGUGCAGCCUGCGAGAGGCGCAUGAAGCUGCAGGACUCAUGGAUGGUGGUCCGGGAGGAGGUGAGCAACAACACCUGGCCCCGCAGGCAGCCCCACCACGCCCAUGAUCUCACCAAGCAGCACAGCUAUGACGAGCAUGGCCCAACGGUGAGCAACAUCACGUGUGAGCCAGAGCCACGCCGGGACCUCAUCGUGCACUGCGAGUUUUGCGGUCACGACGGGGUGCCGGUGCACGUGGAGUCGGAUGAGGAGGAACCAACACCAGGGAUGCUGUCCUCAGAUCAGUUGCUUGGCAGUCAGGCAUCCCUGAUGUCUUUGUCGGAUAGUUCUCUUGCCCUGCAAGCUCCCCCGCCCACCCCUGCGUCCCCAGGCACUGGAGGAGCUAAGAGUCUUGCCCACAGCUUGAUUCAAGCCAAUGAUAACCCCACAAUAACCAAUAAUAACAACGACUCACCCUCAUCAGAUGCAGUAAAGCUGCCGGGUACCCUGGAAGCUCUCGCUGACUCAGUGUCGGCAACAGCCAAGGUUCUUCACCAGUCGUCCAACAGGAACAACAACCAGACUCCAUCCUUUUCGGAGGCUAUGGUUGAUCACACCCUAGACUCCUUAGAAGAUGCAGCCCAGUCGCAGAUGGACACAGAAACUACUGCAGAGGACGACGACGACGAGGUUUUCCUCAAAGAUGGGUUUGUGCCCGAGUCAAGGAACAGCGACUAUGCCGACCUUUUCCAGGAGGAGAUUGAAAGCAGGCCCCCAAAGAAAUCCGAGAGCAAGUACCAGAGCCUGACCUCCUUCAACACCACCGUGGUUUUGGGGAAGGACGACGACGACUACGACGAACCGCCUGAUGACUUCUUCAGCAUGGACAGUCCCGAGGAGUCCGUUAAACCGGACAUGAAGAUGGUUGAAAAGAGCAACCCCACCCCACCUCCCCCUCCUCUGCAUAAGAUGCCACCUUGGGAGAACCGUAUCUACACAAUUGCAGACAGAGGGAUGACCUUAUCGUCUUGCAUCAACAACAUGGCCAGCCCAUCUAAAACUUGUCCUGCCCCUAUAUGCCAAUCUUGGGAAGGCUCUAGCACCGCAGCCAUGUACAAAGACAUGUCCGUACCGGUUUAUACCACUCUCAGAGGGCAUGCUGACCAAAUACGCAGCACGCCAUUCAGUGGGGAUUCCUCGGACUCCUCAGAUGAGGAGCACUGCCUUGGAGGUGGCGGCAAGCUCUCCCAGCACAUCCAAUCGGCCGUGGGGACGCUGGGAAGGAGGCCCUCCCCAAGCGCCUCGCCGGCCAAGAGUGGAAGCAAGAUCGGUGGCAGUGGCGGUGGCGGCGGCGGCAGCGCCCUCGCAAGUGGGAGCCCGUCCCGGAAACUCAUUGGCAUUGGAGGCACGCCCUCCACCCCAAUGCUGGGCCUAAAGAGGGGUGUGUCUGCCCAGUCAGGUAGCUCAGAGGCAGAUUAUGCAAUACCCCCAGAUGCAAUCUCUUGCAGUGACAGUACAAACUCGGAUGAGCCUGAGCCCAAACUACUCAAGACUUGUGCGGCCUUUACUGCCGAGAACGUCCGUAAGGGUCCCCUGGAGAAGAGCGGUUGGCUGACCAAGUUUGGGGGGAGGAUGAAAAGUUGGAAGCGGCGUUGGUUUGUUCUAAGAGACGGUGAACUCUGCUACUAUAAGUCAAUGAAUGAAUCCAGUCGGAAGCCAAGAGGAAGAAUACCCCUGGACACAUUGACUAAGAUCUCCCGGUCAGAGGGCUCCUUGACAUUUGAACUUGUCACCACCAAGAGGACAUACUACUUAACUGCAGGGUCUUCUGCUGUCAUGGAAGAGUGGAUUACAGUCUUGAACAACGUCCUGUGCCGCUACAACACCAGGGCCAUGAUGGACAAAGGCAGCAGCAGCGAGGAGGUCAAGCCUAGCAUCCAGUCCUGGCUCACCAAGGUCAAGAACGGACACUCCAAGACCUGCUGGUGUGUCCUGGCGGUCAAGACAUUCAGCUACUACAAGAAACAGGGGGACAAGGUUCCCAUCGGCACCAUCGACAUUGGCGAGGCAUCGGUGGAGGAGGUGGACCAGUCACAGAACUCAGAUGAUGAAGGGGACGGCAAGACAGAGAGCAAGUACUCCCUGUGCCUGGCGCCGGCCAAGAAGCCAGACAAGCCCAAUCCAAGCCCAACGUAUCUAGUCUUCAACAGUAAAGAAGAGAAGGAUAACUGGCUGUAUCAUCUUCUGGUGGCAUCGGGCGGGGGAAACUCAGACGCGGGCACCGAGUUUGAGAAGCUGAUCUCCAGGCUGAUGGUCGCAGAGGGCAACCCCCAGAGCCCCUACUGGAAGCAUCCCAUGCUGUGCUACAGCAAGGAGAGCAUCGAGAAGCCACUGACCACGCUGCCUUCCGAACCCCUGAAGAAGGAGGCUGUCAAACUCGGCAAGUCCUGCAACCUCUUCAUCACUGUCCAGAUGGACACGCUGGCCAUCGACUACCACAUCAGCCUGGCCCAGAAUGCACUGCAGACCUGCCUGUCCCAUCCGGAGCUCCAGAACGAGAUGUACUGCCAGCUGAUCAAGCAGACCACCAGGUGUCCACCGGGAUCCGGCACAGCGAGCUUACAGUCCUUCCUCUGCGGGAGUCUCUCCUCCUGGUUUGGGUGCGACGCCCAGGUGUCGCGGCCCUCGUCCAUGACUGACCUGACCUCUGAACCCCGGCAGGUCAACCCGCAGGAGAUCUACCUGGUCACACAGGCCUGGCAGUUGCUGGCAAUGUGCUGCGUGCUGUUCCUACCUCAGCAGAAGUACCUCUGGUUUCUCAAGGCCCAUCUGCGCCGGCACGCCGACACAAAGAAUGACGUUGGCAAGUAUGCCCUCUUCUGUCAGAGGUCGUUGGAGCGUACCAUUCACAAAGGAGGGAGGGAGGCCAAGCCAUCUCGCCAGGAGGUGCUGUCGAUUCUACAGAGACACCCCUACCACCACUCCUUCCCGAUUAGCAUGCCGAUUCACUUCAUGAAUGGGAGUUAUCAGGUGGUAGGGUUUGAUGGCUCAACAACAGUCAAGGACUUGCUGCACACACUGAACCACAAGAUCAACAUGAGAGACAGCGAGGAGAGUGGAUUUGCCUUGUUCACCGAUGACCCAUGUGGGAGGGAAAUUGAGCAUUGCCUGCAUCCUUCGGCCAAGAUCUGCGAUGUGAUAUCCAAAUGGGAGCAGACUUUGAAGGAGACACAGACUGGCAAGUGGGAAACAGCCAGAAUGGUGCGACUCACCUACAAAAACAGGUUGUACUUCCGACAGCGCACCAAGAGAGAGACGGAGCGGGAGAGGCUGCUGCUGGCCUAUCAGGUCAACGAUGACAUCAUCAACGGCUGGUUCCCCAUCAACAAGGAGCUGGCACUGGAGUUGGCAGCCCUCAUGGCCCAGAUUGAAUAUAACGACUACCGACCCAGCGUGACCAACCUGGAGCUGCCAUCCGCCGGUACCAGUGCGGCGAGUACCAGCCAGACACUAGACAGCGCAUUUGAGAAGUUCUACCCCAAGAGGUACAAGAGCUGCGACGAGGAAGAACUUAGGACCCUGAAGCAUAACCUGGCCCAGAAGUGGUGCGUCCUGAAGGGCCGUACGCCCAUAGACUGUGUGCGUAUCUACCUGACUGUCACCCGGAAAUGGCCGCUCUUUGGCGCCAAGCUCUUCCCAGCCAAGUGCAAAUUUGGUAAGCAGGAGAGAGUCUGGCUAGCUGUGCAGGACAGUGGCGUCAGUAUGCUCAACUAUCAAACCCUGCAAGAACUCUCCAAGUACUCUUUUCAGUCGAUGGUCACCUUUGGAGGUUGCCGUGACGACUUUAUGAUUGUCCUCAGCCAAUCAGUGACCAAGGAGGUGCCCCGGGAACGUGAACAUGGCACCGAGAAACUGCUCUUUGCUAUGACAAAGACAAAGGUGCUGGAGAUCACCCUGCUGAUUGCCAGCUAUAUCAACGCCAUCGUCAAACAGGAAGGCCUAACCUACAAGCCCUCAGGCGAAGCAGCUACGGCAGAUGGGAUGGCCUCCUCGGGCAGUGGGGGUCCGGCCCCCUGCACCAACCCCAAAGUCUGGGAUCUGGAGAGCUCAACUGGGCCAAUUGUGGUCGGUGGGAGCAGGAUUGUAUAGCCCCUUGUCUGCCCCCGACGAAACACUCCAAAUAAAGAAAUCAAGAUCAUGAUCCAGAGGCUUUGAAAGGCAGAGUAUGUUUCUGGGAGGGAUUUGAGGUUGGUCCCAAAAUGCUUUGUUUGCAAUCUAGGAGAAGGGACAGUUACCGUCAGUGGAACUUGGAGUGAGGCAUUCCUUACCUAUCUGUGUCCUAGCCCUGUUGAGGAGCUGAGAUAUUUGUCCAAAAGUUGAAAACAUCUCAAGGCAAACAGACUUAAUUUGGAAUGAAGAAUGUAAGUUGUUUGACAAGGAUCUUCAGAUCAGGAGAGAGACUAUACCAACAUUUGUCGGUGUGUAUCAGUCUGGAUUAUUUGUUCUGGCUGACCAUCUCUGUACAGAAUUUUCCACAGAAAUGUAACACAUGGACAGCUUGUCCUUUUACGGUGACUUCAAGCCAAGUCAGAGACCAAUCACUGCUUAGCUUCAUUUGACUGUGCAUACAUGUAGAUGUCCUUCCGUACAGAUCGACUCAAGAAUGUGCCGUUUGCUAGCCCCUCCCCCUUUGCGCUCGGUUGCGAGCAAACGACCAGCAGGAGAAAACUGUCAUCUGAUGAACGAGAAUUGUUAGUCUCUGGCUCGUCAAGCUGCUUGUAUCAUCGGUGGCCUUAUGCAGAAAGAGAGGCAAAUAAAUGCACCUGCCAGGAAGUUUUUUAAAGGUGUCUUCACCAUUUAAAAAGUAUCUAACAGUUGUCACUGGAGAUUUGUUUUACAGAUUUGAAUCGGAAGGGCGUUUGGUAGGUAUUGUGUGUGAAAAAGGCAAGCAUGGAGUUGGAGUUAUUAGAGGCUUUCUUUCAGUAGCGUAGUGUUUGGUUUGGGUGGGGUUUUUUUUGUGUGUUUUUGAAGCAAAAUAUAAGCUUGUCAGUUCAUGGUCAGCACUACAGUGCGUCCUUGUGCAUCAAAUUUGAUGCGAGUUGUUUCAGGAGGCCACCCUUUGUGAUGCUGACAUGGGGAUUUUCUUGAAUUGCCUAAUACACUGUGUUUGAACUUACACAACUGGUUGUCUCACCGUGGAUUAUACCAUCAUUACUGACAUUGGUUUCUCUAAGAAAAUGGGUUUUAAGAAAAGAGCACAUGUGCGUUUCUUAAACCACCUCAGUUAAAGCUGGUAAUGUAUCAAUUCAGUGAGCAAUCAAUCAAACUUGGACUUCAUCUGAACCCUAAAAGAGCCAUCUUGGAAAACACAAACAGCGGAAGAACGAUUUGUCCGAUUUCUACAAUAUACCUGUCAAAAUGAGCACAAGGAGUUACUUAAAAACUGUUGAAGGCUCAAUGCAUGAAAAACAUGCAAUGCGACGGUAUCAGGAAAAAUGUCCCCUAUUCUUUUAGGGUUGAGGGUCCAACAGUGAGCUUCUUGCAAAAUUUUGUUCUUUUGUCAUACUAUGGUUCAAAUUUCUCACUGUGUAGCAAUUGACUUUUAAUGAGUUUUUUUUGAAAUAUGACUAUAUUAAGAAGGAUCACAGACACUGCAUGUGUUGUAUUGUGCAAUACUAUUCAGAUUCAGACAAUCAAGGUGUAUACUUAUAUAUAGCUCAUUCAUAUAGCCUACUUGACAAAUAUUCUUGUAGAAUAUGAAUAUAUUGUAUAAAGUAAAAGCGAAUUUGUUAUCAGUUGUAUGUUGUGUUUAAUAAGGGCACCGUAGGGCUGAAGAGCACCUUUAUGAUUUCCUGCUUGCAAUGGCAUGCACUGAAGAUGGCUCUUGAGCUGUGAGGUUCUCUAACAACAGAUUACCAGUUAUCUAUCAAUGCAGCAAGGUUACCGUGACCUGGUUUCUCAAAGUAGCAGAGUAGUCGUGCUUCAUAGCUCAGUUCAGCAGAACCGAUUCACAUGUUCAAUUCAGUCAGCAGGCACCUUUAUCGGAUUGCGUGUGCACCUAGGUCCUUGUUUGAAAACACAAUUUUAUUGAAAGGUAUUGACUAAGAAAGUGCCAUUUUGCUCAUCAGUCUGCUGAAAAUUGAGUUUGUGCAUAUUCAGCUGAAAAAUGUGGUUUGUAAUUAUUGAGCUGAGAAUUACAUUUGAGCACAUUCAGCUGAAAAUUUAUCUCAAGCUAAGUCAGAUGAGAAUUGGAUUUGUGUACAGUCAGCUGAAAAGUGGGUUCGAGCACAUUCAGCUAAAAAUUGGGUUCAUGCACAUUUAGCUGAAAAUUGGGUUCCUGCACAUUCAGCUGAAAAUUGGUUGCCUUCUUUCCCUGCUGUUAGCACUUGGGUUACAAAUACAUGUAUGUGCAAGCAAUGUGUCUUUCAUUGGCUGUCGUAAUGAGAUGGUAGAGCAUAACCCACAGCUGUUUGCAUGGUAACCACGUUUGAGGUCUGAACCUUAGCGUAGGAUGAUAAAAGGGAUUUAGGCCUGUUGCUAUAAUCUGCUAUUCCAGGAGUUGUGUUUUCAUGUACUGGAAGGGAAUACUAAUUUGUGGGCACUUUUUGUGUGAGAGAAAGGAUGAAAUAAUUCUUUCAAAGGUCUAAAAUGAAAAAGGUCUGUCUAUUGUUUGAAGUUUAAAACAUUUUGAAUCUUGUGUGGGAUUUUUCCAUAGUCAGGGGGUCAUAUGACAAACUGGCUUUAGCUCUUUUUUAUAAAAGUAUGUUUUGUUACGUUUUUGGUUUACUUACUUCUGAAAUGCACAUACACAGUAAGCUGGAAUUGAGAUUUGCCAAGGACACUUGUUAGUGCAGUGUUACGUUACUGAGUCACAUACAGAAAUAUUUAUUCUGGGAAAUAGUAUGUUGGAUUGAAAUUACUUACGGUGAUUAUCUUAUGCCAUUCAGUGCUUUUUUAUACAUGUAUCUCAUCAUCACAUUUUCAUCAGGGAUUUAAAUGAUAAAAUGUUGUCUUUUGUAAACUGCAUGACUGUUGAGAUUUUGUAGAUUGGUUCUCGGAACUUGUAAGAGGUAUUUUUUUUGUGCAAGCCAUCGAGGCUCAGACUGGUCUUCAGGCCUAAAGUAGAAGGUAAUCAGCUGUUUUUUUGUUUUGUUUUUUUCUGGUAUUGAAACUGCCUAAGCACGAGUGAGGGUGCUGCUUGAUCAACCCAAGCAGAGCUAUAACAUAGAGAGACUUGUGACUUCUUCAUAUUAACCACUGGUUCUAAAGUCUGCCGCAAGUUGUACCUCGAUGGAAAUAUUGGCUUUUGGGGUGGGGUCACCUUCUGAUUGAUUAGAGCAACCCAUCACAAAGCAGACAACCAGUCUGGAAAUCAAAUGGCAUCUUAAACUACCUCUUGUCCCAACUUUGGCUGUACACAUCGCUGCAGGCAAGAGGGUGCUCCAUUGAAUCGAUCAGUUGGGACCUAUCAACUUCCCCAGCAUCCAUGCAAGCCAAGGCAUCAAUAUCAAUAGCAAACCUGAAAACUUAGAGUGUGUUAAUAGAGGAUUGUGUUGUAGUGUCCAUGUAGGUGCAGGUUUGUAGGCCAACACAAUCCUGAAGCACCUUUAUAAUUUUCCAUAAGAGUAUAUGUGAUGUAGAGUCACCACUGAACCUGUCAUUUUACUGCCUUAACUUCCCUUGGAGAUGGUCAACCAUCGGCCAGUGUACGACUGUCCUGGUGACCCCCCGACGCAGGCUCAAUUCAAUUUAAAAAUUGAUAUUCAUAGAGAAAGUUAUUGGAAUCCUGAUAAACUUCAGAACAGAAGGCCGUUAAGACUAGAGGGAAGUUGAAACCACAGUCAACAGUGUCAUCUCAGAAGUUGUGACAAGAUUGCUUGUAUUCCUGCAAUGAGUCAGGUAUCCAGACUGGCUAACACACUACGUGUAGCUAUGUUUUUAUGAUCUUUCCUUCACAGUUUGUAUUGUUGCAGUCUGUACCUUCCACCACAAUGUGAAUGUUGGAACUACCAAUAAGUACACUUCUAGAUCAAUGGAACAAGUGAUGGUACCAUGAGAUUUGGUUUGUGGAAGGAAGAUUAAAAUCAGAGGCUGUAAGCUGAGGAAAUGUAGUGCAUUAUGGUCCAGAGUUUGUCAAACUUUGGAUUUAAGCCUCAACUUGUCAGCUUUGGAUAAAUCCACAGGAAACAUUGCACAAUAACAAGAAUGGUGUUGGUGGAUUUGUCGCAAAGAGAUCAGUAUGAACUGCCAGUGUUAACCAGUAACCAUCAAAGGGUGCACAUGACAUUUUUAAACACAUAAGUUAUUUUCUUAGAGUGACUUGCCAUAAGCUUAUGUAUGUACGUUGUUUGUGUCUGUGCAAUUACUUUGUUAUGCAUCAGGAUUUAAAUGUUAACUGUGCAAUCAGAUAAACCUGUACACUCACCCUCGUGACAAAAUGAAAGCUGGUUUAUACCGCAGGUAAAUGCAAAAGUAAAGUGAAUUGGACGUGACGAAAAAUUUCCAGCGAAAUUUCGCUUGAGUUGAAAUGUGUUCGACUUUCAUGAAUUCGCAACGCAAAUAUUUCAUCUAACGUCACAAAUUCGCAUUCGUUUUCGCUUUUGCACGAAGUCUAAACUGGCCUUAAGUCUGCCCACUCACACUCGUGACACAAUGAACCAACACACUCACCCCCUUGACCCAGUGAACCUACACACUCACCCUCAUGACACCAUGAACCAACACACUCACCCCCUUGACCCAGUGAACCUACACACUCACCCUCAUGACACAAUGAACCUGCAUACUUGAACUCAUGACAGUGAUUCUGCUGCUCACCCUCAUGGCACAGUGAAUCUACUCAUUCACCCUCAUGACACCAUGAACCAACACACUCACCCCCUUGACCCAGUGAACCUACACACUCACCCUCAUGGCACAGUGAAUCUACCCAUUCACCAUACUGCAUGAAGUACAAAGGGACCACCUGUUCUCGCAUAGCGGUGUUAGUUUUUCAUGUCAUUGCAUACUUCAUACGUGACAUUAGCCUUUCGAAAUAUACCUGUAGUUGUUUUAUCGAGAUGUUUCUGGAAUAGUUGUUUUUGCACAGAGUGAACGUCUCCUUUUCCAGUGUGGGCCAAGAAUUUUUUUGGUCUUGUUGGAUGUUGCAAAUACAAGAUAUGUUUGUCUGGCCAGUUGCUGAAUUUCUCCCUACGGUAUCAAGUGUAAUGUUGAGAAGAAUCAAAGAACAUGUACUAAAAUACUUCCCUUGCUAAGCGUUUCUUGCUCCAGACUUAAUAUGCCAACAGAAUUUUCUAGGGAGCGGUGGUUACUUGAAGAAACGAACCCAUACGUAAACAAGUUUACUUUAGCAUUGUUACUGCAUUUUCCAGUACUGUUGAGUAUUUUUGAUGUCCGCUGCUAAGAGUGCGUUAUAUUUACCGUCUGUGCAGAAAACGGCCUGUGAGAAGUUUUAUGUACAGCAGACGCUGUGUUUAGUCUGAAUGUGUAUAUUUUUUAAUUUGCAUUGUUUUACCAAAAGGAAAUAUUGUUUCAACACUUUGUAAUACGACGUCAUGUGCCAUAAGACAAAAUAUCUACAAAGUUAUCUCUUUCUGAAUUAUAGACUUGUUGAUAGAUGCAGAACUAUUCCUAAGGUGCAACUGUUGUAUGUAUAAAGAUAGUUACAUUAGAUUUGUGUUAUUUUCACGGAAAGGUUGUUUUUUAACCAGUUUUCAAGCAAGGUGUGUGCAAAGCUACAGUAUGCUCUGUGUUGAAUUUGUCAGUAUGGCAGAUUAAUUUGAAAUCCCGUUUGUUUUUUGGGCACUGAAAUAAAAUAUAACAGCAUAUUUUAACCCA